AUGCAACCGAAUGUGAUCACUUACAACACCUUGCUAAAUUUGGAUAUUGUUGUAUACAAUAUACUAAUUGAUGGUGCAAGUAAAAAUGGGAAGUUUGAUAUUGCAAGGAAGCUUUUCAAUGAGUUAAGGGUUAGAGGUUUGCAACCUAAUGUUUGGACAUACAAUGUGAUGAUCAGUGGUUUUUGUGAGGAAGGUUUAGUGACUGAAGCAAAAGAGUUUUUUUUAAGAUGGAAAAGAGAGGAAAUGGAAGGAAGAGGUUUUUCACUUGAUACUUCAACUGUAUCAAUGUUACUUGAUCAUAUAAAAGCUAGAUCUUUAGAUGCUUCUUUGCUUAAGCUGAUUGGUAAGCUUGUGCCAAAGGAAGAAGUGGAUGCUCCUUGUUUUAGAGUGUAA